AUGCUACCUCUUCGACAGAGACUUGCGUCGCUGCCGCGGCCGACCCUGUUCCACAGGGGCAAUGCCACCCUCGCGACCCCGAGGCAGCCUUUGACCGGACUUCGGGUUCUUGAUAUGUCCAGAGUGUUGGCUGGACCAUAUUGCGCUCAGAUCCUGGGUGACUUAGGAGCAGAGGUUAUCAAGAUCGAGCAUCCUACGCGAGGUGACGACACGAGAGCUUGGGGACCACCCUACGCGCCAUACUUGGACGGCCGAAGCGGGCAAGGCGAGAGCGCCUAUUAUCUAUCGGUCAAUCGAAACAAAAAGUCUCUCGCCCUCUCGUUCAAGGAAAAGGCCGGCGUCGACAUUAUAACCAAGCUUGUCAAGAACUCGGACGUUUUGGUCGAGAACUACCUGCCAGGAAGCCUCAAGAAGUACGGCCUGGACUAUGAAAGUCUGGCAAAGAUCAACCCUAAACUCAUCUACGCGAGCAUCACGGGUUAUGGCCAAACGGGGCCGUAUAGCGAUCGCGCUGGAUACGAUGUCAUGGUGGAAGCGGAAAUGGGCUUGAUGCAUAUCACAGGGCCCCGAGACGGACCUCCGGUCAAGGUCGGCGUUGCGGUAACGGAUCUGACAACCGGUUUGUACGCAGUCAACAGUGUCUUGGCCGCCAUCAUUGAGCGAGGGCAAUCCGGCCAGGGGCAGCAUCUUGAUGUGUGCUUGAGCGAUUGCCAGGUUGCGACCCUAUCAAACAUGGCACAGUCGGUUCUGGUGACGGGCAAGAGAGAUGGCGGUCGCUAUGGCACAUCUCAUCCUUCGGUUGUCCCUUAUCGCGCGUUCCGCACCAGCGACGGAGACAUUCUGAUUGGCGGCGCAAACGAUAGGCUCUUUGGCGUUCUGUGUAAUUGCCUAGGAAAGCCGGAGUGGGCGAGCGAUGAGCGCUUCUCGACCAACUCGUCACGCGUGGCGAACAGGGAGGUUUUAGAGAAGUGGAUAGAGGAUGCGACAAAGUCCAAGACAACACAGGAGUGGCUUGACAUCUUUGAGGGCACAGGUCUUCCAUAUGCCAAGGUGAAUGACCUGAAGGAUACACUGAAUCAUCCACACGUUACGGCGAGAGGGAUGGUCAAGGAACUCGAUCAUCCGGCGCUUGGAAAGCUCAAGGUCCUCAACAGUCCAGUUCAAUACUCAAGGACCGGGCCAUCUAUACGAACUCCUCCACCAUUGUUGGGACAGCACACCAAGGAAGUUCUAGCCGAAGUCCUGGGACUUGACGCAGCUGAGAUUAAGCAAUUGGAGCAUGACCAAGUUGCUGAGAGGAACGCCGAAUCCGGCAUCAAUACAGGCGGUGUUGCGGGAAUCUCUGAAGUAUCCAUUGGACGUGGUGAAGACGAGACUCUCCAACGAAGCACGAGCGGAACCGUGGUUUACUCAAGCAUGAUAGACUGUUUCCGCAAGAUAGCCAAGCAAGAAGGUGUUGGCCGCUUCUACCGAGGGAUUCUGGCCCCGAUCUUAAUGGAGACCCCCAAGAGAGCAACAAAAUUCACAGCAAAUGACUCCUGGGCCAAGUUCUACGCCGACGUGUUCCAGACCCAACGCCGAGACCAGAAGCUCGCUAUCCUCACGGGCGCGAGUGCCGGUGCCACCGAGUCCAUCGUCGUCGUGCCGUUCGAAUUAGUCAAGAUACGACUUCAGGAUAAAUCUUCUGCAGCGAGGUACAAGGGCGUUCUCGACUGUGCUGUCAAGAUCAUCCGUGAGUCUGGACCCUUAGGCCUGUACCAAGGUUUCGAGAGCACCGUGUGGAGGCACAUUGUCUGGAACGCUGGCUACUUUGGGUGUAUCUUUCAAGUGCGCUCUCUUCUUCCAACGGCUGAGACGAAGAAGGGUACUAUGGUGAAUGACUUGGUCGCUGGCUCUGUAGGCGGAACGGUUGGAACGCUGCUUAACACGCCGUUUGACGUGGUCAAGAGCCGGAUCCAGAGCACCACUGGUGCGAAGGAGUCUCUGCCUUGGGUGUGGUCUGGUAUCUUCAAGGUUUACAGGGAGGAGGGAGUUGCCGCGCUGUACAAGGGGCUUGUGCCCAAGGUUGUGCGUUUUGCACCUGGAGGGGGGAUCAUGUUGGUCGUAUACUCCUUUAUGAUUGACUUGCUCACGUCGGGAGAGUGA